AUGGAUGUACAAGUUAUGCCACGUUCUGGUUUGACACAAGAAUGUAAAGGAGGUACCGUGCUAGAUGCAGCUGGACAUUUUUGUGUAAGAAAACCAUGCCAUCAAGCUUGUGAUGAAGUAGGAGGUAAUCUUUACAUAUAUUUCUUUUUAUUAAUAGUAAUUUUAAAAUAUUAAAAAUGCAGGAAUAACAGGACAUUGAAGGCAUAGACAGCGGAUCAAAUGCAUAUGUUACAUCUGUACACUAGAACAACGUUAGUGGCAAUACCAUAUAAUUAUGAGGGCCAUUCGCCCAAGAGGCCAUUUCCGAAUCGAAUGCCCACAGACAAUUGCAUGAAAACGAGGCUUCCCGCAUAAUUUUUAUUUUCUGUAGCAUAUUAGCAUUAAGCCUCGAUCUGGCGUUAUUGUUCUUGACAAGCAAAUCGUAAUUCUAAACUGGUCUAUUAAAGUUGCAGUAUUUAACAAUUAUACCAUGAGCUAGAGCCAUCAGUCAUGGCUCUCAGCCAUAAUUUCUACAAACUGGAAAAUACAUGCAUGCAGAAAUCCCUCGCCUUGCUGACAAAACCAUUGUAUUUUCCGAACGUGAAGUAUUAUAAAAGUAGUUGUCAUGAUAACACGAUAAUUUUGUAAAGAAUAUUAGUACAAAUGACACAAAUAAAAAACCCCUAAAAAUAUCACUUUUAUUACAAAAUUAUCAAUUCCCCAAACAUAGCGUUUUCCUAUAGUGGGACAGAUGUGUCAAAAGCUGCUUGAUUCGAUGAUAGCUGCGAAGUUCGUCCGUUAAUGGACUGUAGUAUCUGUCUGAUGAUUGAUGGAGGGUGCAUGGUUGGAAAAGAGUGUAAAAUUACUAAAAAUAUUCUUGGAAAAGAGUGUAAAAUUACUAAAAAUAUUCUAAAACGAACGCGAUGAUUUAAAAUUAUAUUGCGUUUUAUUGAGUUAUCCGAACGAAUCGACAGAAUUACACGCUUCUCUCGUAUUCCCCAAACAUUCCCCUUGUCCGUUUGCACACCAUAGAGACACAGGCUCCACGUUUUCUAUUUCUUAUAUCCUGUUUCCUUUUAGGUUGUCGUCCACCAGCAGGAAAUACACCGCUACCAUCUGAAUGUUAUUCGUGCAAGUAUGCAAAAAAUGGUCAAGACUGCGUAUUGGAAUGUCCGUCUGGUAUGGUACCAAAUAAAAACAAAAAAUGCAGUCGUAAGUGUCUAAACUUCUAUGAAACUAUUUUUUGAAUUAUUCUUGUACUGUAUUUUGUCAACAUUUACAAUUCGAACUAAUUAAUAUAUAUUAUUUUCUCUACUGAUUCGGAUUCAUGUCGGCAGUACGUAGCACAGCUUUUUUCAAACCAUCCUGUUUUAAUUAAUUAAACGUUUUUUCUAUUUAGGUAAUUUUGACUUGACGUUUAAAGGAAGCAUUGGUCUUAAAUCUACGUCUGCAACUAUCCCAUCCACACUUUCUGCGUUCACAAUCUGUCUAUGGAUAAACUUACCCACUUACACUCAGAAUUAUUUCGGAAAGGAAUAUACAGUUCUUGGUUACGUGCCUUCGGGAUCUGUGUUCUCAACUUUUAUGGCCCAUUUUCAUCUUGCAGUAAGAUAUGAGAAACAAGGAGAAGCUUCAUUGCUGUUAAAGUUCUAUUAUGG